AUGUUUGCAGCUCAGCUUACACAACAGCUCAUAGAUUUUAUCCGCUCGUUGCGAGAGCAGGGCAUACUGGAUGACCGCUUUGAUCAAAUCAAAGAGUUAGAAGAUGAAAAUCCUGGUUUAGUUGUGGAAGUGCUAACCGUUGCUAUUCGUAGUGCUGACUUUACCAUAGAUGAACUUGAAAAAAAACUGAGUGGAACUGUCAUCGACUAUUCUAAGGUGAAAGAACUUACGCUCAAGCUCAAGGGAAUUAGCGCGAGUGUUGGCGGUUGCCGAGUGGCUGCAGCUUGUAUUGAGCUCCAAGAAGCAUAUGUUGCAAAUAACAAGGAAAGGUGCGUUGCAGGCUUUGACGUGGUCAAAAGUGAAUAUCUUGUCUUGCGGGAAAACCUAAACCACAUUCUUCAGUCUGCAGUGCAGAUAGAACGUGAAAUCAAUGCCAACAAGCCCAAGAGCCGUCGUCACUAG